AUGAAGGCAUGGCAGCUACGUAGCUUUCGGCCUCGCUGGUCGAGGCCACCGACAUCUCCACGGUCGCAAAAGCCAUUCUUCCUCCGAUCCAGCUCGUCGAUCUCUCAGCAACGCGCCUCUGAGCGAUCGGGAACUCUUCCCCUCGUUGGCACCGCCAUAGCAACUGCUGUUGUCACUCUGCUGGCUUCUAAAGCGUGGGCUGGAACCGCGGCGCCCACCGAAGCCGAAGCCGCCAAGACACAGUCGGGUGGAAGAUAUGCCGAUCUCCCAACCAUGUUGCAGGCUGUCAACGAGCUGCGAAGUAUUCUAGGCGACGAAUUUGUCAGUGUUGAUGCCGAAGACAUCGAGAACCAUGGGUACUCGGAUUGGUCGACCUCUAACACCACCGAACGCCCGGUCGCAGUCGUGAGUCCUGCCACGACCGAACAAGUCUCCCAUAUCGCGCGCGUCUGUACCAAGUACAGAGUCCCUAUGGUCCCAUUCGGUGCAGGAUCGAGUGUCGAGGGGAACUUCUCCGCCCCGCAUUCCGGUAUCUGCAUCGACCUAUCCCGCAUGAACCAAGUGGUCGCGGUGUAUGAGCAGGACAUGAACGUCACGGUCCAGGCUGGGGUGCGGUGGGUGGACCUGAACGAUCAACUCAAAUCGACCAGCCUGUUCCUGCCCAUGGACCCCAGUCCAACCGCCUACGUCGGGGGCAUGAUUGCCACGAACUGCAGUGGGACCAACGCCAUGCGAUACGGUACCAUGAAGGACUGGGUGGUCAAUCUUACCGUCGUGCUUCCCGAUGGGUCCGUGAUCAAGACCAAGAGACGUCCGCGCAAGUCCUCGGCGGGGUACAACCUGAAUGCGCUCUUCACGGGGUCCGAGGGUACGCUGGGCAUCAUCACGGAGGCCACGCUCAAGCUGGCAGUGAUUCCGCAGAAGACUAGUGUGGGGAUUGCGACAUUCCCGACUGUGGGAGAUGCAACGGCCGCCGCAUCGAAGCUGAUCCGUGCGGCAGUACCCUUGGCGGCGCUGGAGUUUAUGGACGAUGUCCAAAUGAGGAUCAUCAACCAGAAUGGUGGCGCGGGCGGGAGGUACUGGGUUGAAGCCCCAACGCUGUUUUUCAAAUUCACCGGCACCCCGUCUGGAAUCAAUGAGAGCAUCGACCGAACGCGGGAGAUCCUCGAGAACAACAAAGCGGACGAGUUGGUAUUCGCAUCAACCCCAGAGGAAGGGGACAAUCUCUGGUCGGCCAGGAAGGAGGCUCUUUGGACGACCUUAGCGGCGAGGCCACAAGGCACGGAGAUCUGGUCUACCGAUGUGGCAGUACCGAUCUCACGUCUGGCCGAGAUCGUUGAGAUGUCAAAGGAGGAGUCCAGUAGCCUUGGACUUUUCUCCACAGUAUUGGGGCACGUUGGCGAUGGCAACUUUCACCAGGCUGUGAUGUAUAAUCCCAAGAGCUCUGAGGAGUAUCGAGCUGUGAAAGCAUGUGUCUCAAGAAUGAUGCGACGGGCGCUCGAGAUGGAAGGCACAGUUUCGGGCGAGCACGGCAUUGGGAUCGGGAAAAAGGACUACCUUGAAGUGGAAUUAGGAGAACCCACAGUAGAUCUCAUGAGGACAUUAAAGCGCAGCGUGGAUCCCUAUUGGCUUAUGAACCCUGGCAAGGUUUUCAAUGAGAAAUGA